CAAAACACAAAUCAUAAGCAAAAAGUUGGAUCCAAAUGUUUAAAACUAUAAUCAUAACUUUCAGCGCCAGUCCCAAAGAAAGGCAUAAACUCUUCCUUAUGGUCCAGUUUAUAUAGAGAAUGGCAUCUUUUCUACGAUCAAACUUAAAAGUUGCCCUGAAAACUUCUCAAAUCAAACAAAUUUAUUCAAGCAAAAGAGAACUGAAAAAAAAAUACAGCUACGAUCUUACAAAUUUAAUACAAUGGAAGAAAGAGAGUGCAAUUGUAUUUGGGGAAACUCUCAAAUGUACCAAAUCUGGUAAGUUGAAGAACAUGAAGAAUGAUCCUAAAAGGAAUGAACUAAUGGAAGUAUUAAGUGGAAUAUCUUAUAAUCAGGUUACUGAGUCAGCCACCAGUCAAAAUAACCAAGUGAAAGAUAAAUGUGUGGAUCUACACACUGAAUAUGACUCCUCUUCCAAGCCUCCAAAGUUUUCAAAAACUGUUUAUAAAGAAAGUGUCUUGCAAAAUUCUGAUGAUUCUAACAUUCAGAAUACAGGCAUCAUUAAAGACUCCAAUAAAGUAAUAAAAGAUUGUUUCGGAGAUACAGUUGAUAUACCAAAAAUUCUUCCAGUGCCAGAUUUUGGAACAAAUGAGUUCACAAAAAAGUUUGAGCUGUUAAAGACCAUUCCAGUUAGGACUGACACAUCAAAAGAAGAUAAUCAAAUUCAUGAGGCUAAUAACAUAAAUCUAGAUUUAACAUCCUCAACAGAUCAAAGUAGCAAAAUAGUCAUAAAUGGCUUGGAUUUGAAGUCAACUAAAUUAAAGAGCAAAAAAAAUAAUUUGUCUACAAAUGAUGGAAAACAUGUGAAGGAGAAAACUAAGCCAAGUAAUUCAUCAUCCAGCUCUCCAGAGAUGCCCCAGACUUCAAACACCAUCAAAGAUCAGGCUAUGUCAUUGCUGUCCCAGCUACCUUGUGAGCCACCAAGUUCUUUUGAUGUCAUCUCUCAAGUGCCCUUGUUUCCAAAGGAGAGUGAAGUGUGUAAGUCAUGUGAUCAAAAGUUGAGUGACUUCAAAUCAGCAGUACAACAAUUAAAUUUACGAUAUCUACCAAGUGUUAAAUCUAUUUUGAACAAAACUUCACCAGAUAUCAAUAAAUUUUAUCUGAAUCGCUGGCGAGAGAAAAUGAUUUCUGAACUUGGAGAGGAAGGAUUUAAAAAACACCAAGAAGUUAUUAUCAAGAAAGGUUGCAAUCUGCACGAAAACAUAAAAAAUUACCUAUCUGGAAAACCAAUAAGUGAAUUACACAUCAUGGCUGACAAUGAAGGGCAUUGGGCAAGUCUUCAAACUGCUUUUAAAUUGAUAUCAGAAGUUAAAGCUUUGGAAACAAAUAUUCUUCAUCCUCUGCUACAUUAUAAGGGAGUUUUAGAUUGCAUUGCCCAAUACAAGGAUCUUCUUUGUGUAAUUGACUGGAAAACUUCUAAAAAACCACGCACCACACUAAAACAAACAUAUGAUGAUCCACUACAAAUUGUUUCCUAUAUGGGAGCUGUGAAUACUAGUGACGUACUGUUAAAACAGAAUGGUGCUGUCAGAAAUGGUAUGAUAGUGGUUGCCUACCCAGAUGGGAGCCCAGCCCAGAUUCAUCAGAUGAACUUGCCUUUGUGUGAAUAUUAUUGGAAGGAAUGGACUGACCGUUUGUAUAACUAUUACCAGCUUGUUUAUACAGAAAAGAUGGCCAAAAAUGAUACGUCAGUAGAGAGAAAUGUGACGAACAAAGCUGCUAAUUAGCAUUUGAUGCAAACAAUUUGUUUGCCUUGGCAUUGCUUUAUUGUAGUAGUGAUUGGUAGUUUGAUUAAACAUUUGGUUGCUGUUUUGUUUUAAAUGUUUGACAGAAAGAAAAUAACCACACAUUUAUUUUUUAAUUUUAAAGUAAUAUUUGAUGAAAAAAUCUCAAUACCUUGUCCAUUUUAAAAAUCUUUGGAAUUUUUGUUUGUGGAGAACCUAUUCAUUUAUAUAUUUUUAGAGAAGCAUUACAUAUACAUGCAUUUAAUUAAUCUUUUGAAUGCUUUACCUUGAAUUUUUUGUUUUUAUAUUUUAAAAGGCAUUAAUUUUAAGGGCAUUUUAAUUGUCAGCCUUAAUUUAAUAACUCCGAUCUAACAUGCAUUUAAGAUUUGCCUUACACAUUUAACAUUGCAGUUUGCUUUAAUGUAUUGAAUCUGUAAAGCUUCAUCUGCCAAGUAUUGAAAUUGUUCUUCAUGGGCAUUUGAUUUGAAAAACUGACUUCUUGCAUUUAAUAACUUUCACGUAUUAAACCCAGGACCUGUAUAUAUUAUAGAAGGCAUUAGUUUACAGGCUUAUUUAGACAACUUCAUUAUUUUGAUGACAUUUAAAUUAUAAAAAAAACAACUUUGUAUAUUUGGUGUGAAUAAUAAAUCCAUAGAUUUGAACCAGGAAUAGAAAAAAAAAAAUAGAUUACCUGUAAAGAAAACAGAGUUGAACAGGCAGCCUUUUACUUUUGAAAUGUUGCAGCUGGUUGGUUCUUUUGAUAUGUGAAAAUAAACUUUGAUAUAGAUCUAAUAUUUGGUUGUAGCCUUUUCUGUUGGUUUUCUUAUUUGUAGUAAAAAUGUGUUGGUCAUUAAAGAAUUUCACUAAAUAAGGCAAAAUGAAAAUCUGAAGAUUAUUUUCUAUUAAGUUAUGUUUUUAGUUAGCAUUAAUUAAUAAUGAUAAUUGUAACUAAUCUUAAUAUUCAAUCUGCUUAAAAUGUUUAUAAUUUUUUUCAAACAUUUGUAAA